AUGCGCCGGUCGCCCUCUUUGGGCCCCGCGGCGGCCCGGAGGCGUGAAGUCGAAGCGCUGAGCCUGCGGAAACGAGGCCGAAGGGUGGCGCCAGGGCCAGGCGAGGCAGGAGAUUGCGGCCCUCAGGGCGUGGGGUGUGAGGAGAACAGGCAAAACAGAAUGGUGGUCCGGGUGAAUGGGAGAGAAAAGGUGGAAAGUGAAAAGUCGACCAAGGAAAAAAGAAAAGUUAUUGAAGCCUCCAGUGACGAUCCACAGCCAGGAAUUGACCUGGUAAGGAAGGAAUCAUUAACCAGUUAGGAAUCUUUCCAAACAGUGCAAUGCAGUUAAAUUCAAAGUAUGGCUUUCUUGUAGUCUUUGGGUGAGGAAGGUUUGGUAGAAGGUAUUAGAAGAAGGAUUGAGAUUAAAAAACUUAAAAAUUUAGAGAUUAUCUCCGUUCUCAAAAUAACUGAAAAUAAAGUGGCACAAAAUGGUAAGGUUGAAUUCCAAGAUGAACUGUACAAGAAUACUCCAAAAUAUUCUUGUAACAGCUUGUCACCUAGAGUAGACAAUAAUUAUAUUUUAAAGUUACAUGAUUGUAAUUGUUUCCCCCAUUUUAAGGGUUGUAAUGAUGAAAACAACCUUGAAUAUAAACCUGAUGGUGGAUGUAUGCAUGUAGCAGAAAAUUCUUCCAAGAAUGAAAAUCUUAAGAGCCUUGCAGAGAAGAGUGAUACAAAUAGUAUUCCUCAGCUUUUACAAAGUGAAGAAAACUUAAUGGGAGUAAAUAAAUUAUUGCUUGAAGACAGUGAUUUAGACCAAAGUACAAAUAAUGGCUUCCUUUCCUGCCUUCAAAGUGAAAAACAUAAAUAUUCAAUAGCGGAGAGCAAUAUUGGGAGAAAACCAAAGAAAAAGAUGAAGUUGGCUGAAAAAGGAGAUGAAACAGUUACUGAGAAGAGCUUCUCUAAUGUGUACAGCAAGUCUGAGUUGGUAUUACAAGAAAACCUCAUGCGUGCUCAAUGUAAAGAAGCAGGAACUUUAGACACUAAAAAAGGCCCUUCCAAAGUUUUGAGGAGAGUAAACCAUAACACAUCCUCUCCAGUGGAUCAUUCAUUAAGUCUCCCAGAAACAGAAGAGAAAAAAACAAGUCCUGAACAUCAUGUAAAUGCUAUGUUUCAGAAAACCCUUGACCCACUUUUGAAAGAAGAAACAAAGACUGCUUCAGAGCCCUUUGUAUGUAAAAACAUGGAGCCAGAAGAAUAUUUUAAGUUAGUAAGAAACUCAGUAGUGAAGCCACCUAGUGAUAGAUUUGACCUUUCUGAUUACCAUCAUAUUGAAAGAUCUUCACAGGAAGAGUUGGGAAAUGAAACUGAAGAAUCAAAGUUAAGCUGUCACAGAACAAUACCAAUGACUGGUAAAAGAACUUGGCCUUGUUACUCGUGUGCUAGAAUAUCUGUCCAAUGUUGGAAAAAGGCAUCCUUGCCAGAAUCAAAUUUAUUUCUUUCUGCGUCUGGAGAAAGUUUUAGUCAAAAUGAUUUUCUUAAACACCCAACAAAUCAGACUCACUUAACUGAUUCCAAAGUAUUGUUACAAAGCUCUAUAACGGAAACAAACAUUGACUCUUCAAGCAAAGAAAAAUUGGAUUCUGAUGUAAAUUGUCUAUCUUCAGAUUCUGCAACAGAACCAACUUUAAUGGUUAUAGAGGAACCUAUAAUCAGUGGUGAUAAAAAAGUGAGGUCAGAGGAGCUGAGCAGAAGUGGGCCAGAGAUAGUUGUGAACACUGCCCAAGACACUCGGUUAACUAAUGUGACUCAAAGCUUGACAGGAAGUAAAAAAAAGGAUAGAGGGAAUUUAACAAAACCUAAUUUUACAGUGGCUUCCCAGGAUGGCCAGGAAGCAAAUAACUCUACAGGCAAAACUAUUCAUCGAAAAGCACGUGUUGCUAAGCAAACACUUGAAGUUCCAGAUUUGGUUAAAAUAUUGAACACAGGACGGCUGACUAAUUUUAAAAUUCCUUUACUUAAGAAUAGAACAGAAAAAAGAAAAGAAGUAAAUCUCAAGUCAUCAGAGAGAGAAGCUUAUAGUCCCCUAGAACUUCUUGACAAUUUAUCUGUAGCAGAGGUAAAACAACAUUGGAGUAAAGAAAAUGUCUCCAUAGAAAUAUCAGAACCUCAAUCUUGGAGUGUACAAAACAGUGUAACUUCAAUGCAAGUGAGUUCUGAUUCAUUCUACAGUAAGAAUAACUGCAGUGUUUCUUCAGGCUUCUCAAAGCAAGGUAAUAAUAAACCAUCUAAUCACAUCUCUGAAGUAGGCAAAAUUGUUUCUAACCAGGAAGCUGUUUCUCUUACAGUUGAAAAUAAUAUUUUUCCUUGUGAUCCUGAGUGUACAGAGAAAAGUACUGCUUUCUGUUGUAAUCAACAAGACACAUUUGAACCAGUUUCCUCUGAAGAUAGUACUAAAAAAAUGACUGAGACCUUUUCAGAAAUUAAAAUGGAGUUUCCGGAUGUUCUUAAAGCAUAUGAAGAUGAUGUCCUCUUAAUUGAUGUAAUUCAAGAUGACCCAGACCUUUUUGGAGUUUCCAGUGAAGGGGAGCUUUCUUUUACUUCAGAGGUCCCCAUGAUAGGCCUGGAGCCCAGUGUUGCUGAAGAGUACUCACCAACAGACUCCAAGCACAUGGAACUUCCAGAAAAAAAAGAACCAAGUGAUGACUUGAGAGAACUUCCUAUACUGGACCCUGGAUUGAUGAAGUCAGAUGUCUGCCCUUCUUUGUUAGCAGCAAAUGAGAUAAAGCAUGAAUCCAAAGGUGUAAGUGUUUCCUUAGGAGAAGUUACCAAUGAGACCUCUGAAAAUGAAAAACUGGGAAACGUCAGUGAACAUAUGAAAGGUUCAGACUUAGAAGAGAAGUAUGGGUUUCUAGGCAAGAUGGCUGUUAAAGAAGAAAAAGAAAAUAUUUAUGAAGUCUGCAAAAGCAAAGAUUGUAAAAAUGAAGAGAUUAUGGCUGGUGAAUGUCAGUUAGCAGCACUGGGCCCAAAACCUCUGUACUUAUUGGUGCCACCUUUAAAUCUAAGUGCUCAUCAAGAAGAUACAAUCCUGAGACCCUGGAUGAAUGAUUUCAGAUUUCCAGGAAAACAUUCCCUCCUAAAGUUUCAGAAUGCUGAACCUUGUGAAAUAUUUAAGAGGGAGAAAAAUCUAGGGGUGUUCCAGAAGCCUCUAGGGUUAAUGAUACCCCAUAGAUACUGCAAAUUUCAUUUUAAUACAUUACGUGGCUGUGAACGAUCACAGUGCAAGUUUGCACAUGUCCCUGAACAAGGGGAUGAAAAGAUGUGCAUGGAUGUGUUUAAGAAAUACAUAAAUAUCAAUGAGUUGUGUUUGCUACAACGUGCAGUAAGCAUGUUUAUAGAGUACUACAGAAAGUUCCCUCCAGGUAUACACUUUGAUUUACAAGUGCUAAAUGACCUUCUAAGUUCUUUACUCAAACAUUGUUUAUUGAAAGAAGUAUUUCAAGUAGUGAACCUCAGCAUCAUGCUUAAAAUGCUGCCUGCUCUGAAAAUACUACUAAACUUAUUUGAACAUGUGGCAACUAUGAACUUAAGGAAUGUUGUACCUGCUUUAAUUGCUAUCUUUUGCAAGCUUGUUGAAGCUGGGAUGGUACUUGACCCAGAACACUAUAACUAUAUUGUUAAGCUCUUAUACCAAGUACAAGCUUCCAAACAAGAAAUAACUACAAUUCUGGAAAUGAAAUCCAGGUUACAGAUGAGGCAAUUUAAAAAGAACUGGAAGUAUGAUUUAGAUUCAGCCUUGAAAGAAAUAAAGCAAUGUAAAGAAAAAGGUGACUGGACCAAAUUGGGAAAUUUAUACCUUAAUGUAAAAAUAGCCUGUGAAAAAUUUGCAGAUUUCCAGAGAUUUUGUGCUUGUGUUGCUGAAACACUAACAGAAGACUUUAAGGAAGAGAGACCAGGUGUUCCUUUUUGUGAAUUUGCUGAAACAGUUAGCAAAGAUCCACAAAAUAGUGAAGUAGAUAAAACUUUGCUGGGAAGAAUUGCAAUCAGUGUUAUGUACUUCUAUCACAAACUGUUACAGUGGCCCAAGGGAAGAAAGGUCUUAGAUAAACUAUAUGAAUUAAAAAUACAUUUCACAAGUUUAAAAGGACUUACAGGGCCUGAGCAGUUAGCAUCAAGAUGUCAAAUUGUGAAUAUUGCAGCAGAAAUUUUUCUCAAAAGUGGAAGCCUAGAUGGUGCCAUUUGGGUAUUGAGGGAGUCAGAAUGGAUCAUCAAUACACCACUGUGGCCUUGUGACAGAAUGGAUGUGCUCAAUCGACAUAAUCUUCUGUGUACAAUUGCACAUGAGAUCUUAGCCAAGAGCCUUUAUAGACAGACAUUUGAAGUUUUGCAAAAUCUACCAGGUUUUCAAAGUUCUAAAGAAACUGUGGACGUCGCACAAUAUAGCCUUCUGUUUAAUAAACUUCUGGAGUCCUGUAUGGAAAGCAACAGUCUUGGAAUGUCAUCCUCUGUAGCAGAAUUCAUGAUUUCAAAGAGUAUCCCUAUUGAUUUUUCCUUUCUUAGAAGAUUAAUUACUGCUCUAGGAAGGAGUUGUUUAUGGCUCAAAGCCAGAGCCCACUACAAAAGUGCUCUCUCUUUGGGCUGCUAUCCACCAUUGGAAGGAAAUUUAUACCGAAAACUUCUGCUGAUUCCUUCUUACUUAUCUGAGAUUGAAAUGCUUUUAGCUAUCGAAAUUUUCCUAGUAUCUAAUGCUAGUAGUAUUCAGAGUCCUGGAACUUCUACACAGAUACUGCAGAUAGUUUUGAAAAGAUGUGAAAAAAACAAACCACAGACUAAGGACGAUUAUCAAGCUGCGGUGGACAGGUUAAUCACAGCUGCUCGUAUAUCGGAUCCAAAGCUUUUCAUUAAGCACAUGACUGUCAAUGUUAAUAAGGAACAGGUUUAUAGUUUGGAACAUUGUUCUGCCCUGAAAUGGUUGAAAGAGAAUAUGAAGUGGGCUGGAAAGGUUUGGCUUUUCAGUAACCAUUAG